AUGCCAGAUCUAAAGAUUACCGAUUUUUUGACUAGAAUUUGCAGUGAUCAAGCGUUUCGUGACUCACUCACCUCUACAUUGGGUUGUUCACAAACCGAGUCUCAACUACAAAAAUUUGUGAGUAGCUCAAUCAAUGUGUCUGUUGAAUGGCGAUCACAAGAGCGCAUCACCUUACUCGGUGCAGUGUAUUCGAGCAGCAGUGUUGGACUCUUAGUGUGUAUUGAAUUUCUCAACGAAAAUUGGGAGGCAUACAGUAAUUUAAAUCCGGAAUUCACCGGAGUCAACCCACUUUAUCAAGCAAUGGUUGACAUGUCCACCUACAUAUUUAACAAUGAACAAGAAACCAAAUAUUUGGCGUUACUGGAUAAGGUAAAGGGCAGCGAUAAGCUGCCAAACGAUUUGGAGACUGUCGCCAAAGCAAAUAUUCAAUCUAAUUUUGACUGGUUGAACAAAAAUCGUGAUCCGAUUAUGCUCUGGAUGAAAAAGUACGCCAAGGUUGUCACACGCGGCGCUUUAGUAUAG